AUGCCCAGUCCAACAUCAAAACGUGCUGUUUUAGCAGCCACCAACGCAAUCCAAAAGCUCUAUCCAAUAAGGCUAGCAGACAAGUCCUGGGAUAACACUGGUUUACUCGUGGAUUCUUCUUCAGACUUCACCGAAUCUGACUCCUGUAAGAUCUUAUUGACAAUUGACUUGACACAGAAUGUUGCCAACGAGGCAAUCGAAAAGAAAUCAAACAUGAUUGUGGCAUACCAUCCAUUCAUCUUCAGAGGUCUCAAGUCCAUCACUUCCGAUGAUCCACAGCAGAGAUCACUCAUCAGAUUAAUACAGAACAAUAUCAGCGUCUACAGUCCUCAUACUGCUGUGGAUAGUGCAAAGGGUGGUGUGAAUGACUUCUUGGCUGACGGAAUUGCUCAAAACUUGAAAGUGAAGUCUCGCCUGGUUAUCCAACCUAACCCAGAUGAAGAAGGUUGUGGCAUGGGUCGUUUCAUUGAGCUUGAAGAACCAGCACCACUUACAAGUCUUGUGGAAAACGUGAAAGACUCCCAGUCUUUGAGACAUGUCCAGGUUGGCGUGGGCAGAAACUUGAAGAAGGACCAUUCUGUUAAAACCAUUGCCAUUUGUGCUGGCUCGGGUGGGUCCGUAUUCAGAGGAGUUGAAGCUGAUUUGUACUAUACUGGUGAGUUGUCUCAUCAUGAGGCGUUGUUUUUCACUGAAAAGGGCUCCUCUCUCAUUGCAUGUAACCAUUCCAACACCGAGAGGGCCUUCUUGAAGGUUUUGAAAGAGCAAUUGCAACAGGAACUUCCUGAAGCCGAGGUGGAAAUUAGCGCAGAGGACAAGGAUCCUUAUGAAGUAUGGUAG